AAUAGUCCUCUGGCGAUCUUUUAAAUUCCUUACUAUUGAGGAUGGUUAAUUUUAAUUAAUUCCUUGGAAGUCUGUUCUGGAAGUUUACAUUUGAUGUAAAAUUUCAUUGAAUUGGAACUAAUUUGAAAGCACACACAGUAUGUCAAGUGGUGGGGCAACUAGUGUAGUGACGAUGAAAGCAACUGCAGCUGCAUUCCCACAGUCCAAUUCACAAGCACAAAAACAACAUUCACAAAAUAAUUUACAACCAACAAAUGUGUUUGAUCAACAAAUUCAGUUACAACAGCAACAACAUCAACAACACCAGCAACAUUUGUUACAACAACAACAAUUACAGCACAAUCCAAGUCAGCAUUCUCAAUUGCAUCGACUAUCUCAGCCACAUUUAUCGGCAUCAAUUCAUCCUGUUCAAUCGAUUGCUCAAAAUGUUGUUGCUGCCAGUGGUCAUUCAACUCAUCCAAGUGUCUUUCCAAAUGCUGAAUUUUUUCAAACAUUACAACAAACUGCCGCAGCGGCUGCAUUACCAACUGUAUUACCAUACGAUCAAUCACAAUAUAUUGGUCAAUUAAUGUAUUUUCCUUAUCCCACAGCUGCUGCUGCUGCCGCAAAUGGAUUGUUCAAUACUGGACAAUCAAAUGAUACUACUACUCAUCAUAUGUCGAUUGGUUCGUCUACACCUGGUGGUAGUGGUGCUGGUAAUCAAGCAACAAUUAUUAAUCAAGCAUCGUGUCAUGCUACAGCUGGACAAUUAUUAACUGGUGGACUUGUAUCAGCCACACCUAGCGGAAUGAUGACUUUGAAUAAUGCUACUGGUUCAAAUCAAGUCAAUAAUGCUAAUCAUCUCUUUGCAUCUGGAGCAGGAUUAGUUGGAAUUGGUGGCAGUGGCGUCGGUGGUGCAUCCGGUUCAAAUGCAGUUUCUGUGUCUAAUUCCGCUUCUUUGGCACCUUUAUUUACAACUGCUCAUUUUUAUCCGCACCAUCAUACACAGCAAACUGGUCAACAACAGCCACAACAACAGUUUCAGAUUCAUCAUUCAUUACAACAACCGCAUCAUCCACAUACAUCUGUACAUAUGCAACAUGUUCAAACACUUACAGGUCAUCCAGGUGUCCAUCUACAACAACAACAACAACAGUCGACCGCCGCUGUUGCUGCGGCAGCAGCAGCUGCUGCUGCCGCCACUGUUCUGUUGCCAAGCUCCAUAUCGUCAGCACCACAACUUAAUAUGCUAUCCUCUCAACAAACUCAUCAACCGGUGCAUUCAACUUCACAAAAUCAUUCAAAUCAUAAUAAUAAUAGUAAUAAUAAUAAUAAUGAAAAUUUACAAAAAACUGAAGAAAAACUACAAUCUACUACACCAGUGCAUACACCUCAAAAACAGUCUGAUCAAGAACUAUUAUCCCAGUCUACUCAACUAGGUACACCAUCUCAAGGAAAUAAUAGUAGUUUGGAUGCUAGUUCAACUACAGUGAAACGUGAUAACAAUGGUACAGGACAUUUUGUAUGCGGUGUAUGCGGUCGAGAAUUCGGUAUGCGAUGUCGUCUUAUCGCUCAUACUCGACGUCAUACUGGUGAACGUCCUUUUCCUUGUGCUGAUUGUGGACGAGCUUUUUCAGAUAGAGGAAAUUUACAACGUCAUCGUUAUACUCAUUCAAGUCAACCAAGAUUUCAUUGUACAGUUUGUGGAAAAUCUUUCCGUCAAGCUUCAUGUUUAUCAAAUCAUCGACGUUUUCAUUGUGCUGGAGCUACAGGUCGUCCUUGUCCUUUCUGUCAACGUUCUUUCCGUUCUUCAUCCAGUCUUCAGAUGCAUAUUCGGUGGAAACAUCGUGCUGAUGCUGCGGCAGCUGUAGCAGCAGCUGCGGCCGCCGCUGCAGCUAACGGUUCAUCUUCACUUUCUGAAGCAUUCACACAUUUACCAGGAUUAACAUCAUAUGUUACAACUGCAACAGUUAACGGAAUUCCAACAAUGUCUCUAAAUGGAAGUGAUCUUCAAAAUGAAACCCUCAUGUCUUCCACAUCCCUUGCUUCUUCAAAUGUGAAUAGUAGUAAUGUUUCCAGUCUUAUGGCUCCUAUCACUAGUAAUAAUGGUGGAAGAAUGGAUUCUAUUUUAGGUACAACAACAACGACAACUAAUAUUGGAUCACCGAAUAAAAGGAAAUGGCGUCGAAAAUCUAAACCGAAACAAGCUCAAAAUGCGUUUGGAAAAUUGACCGGUGAUGGAUUGAAUUUAUUAGCUGGGAUUAAUUUAAGUGAAGGCAUCGAUGUUAAUGCUGCUGCAGCUGCUGCUGGAGCGGCGGCUGCUGCUAUCGGUGGUCCAGUUCCAUUAGAUCGUAAAGGUCGUCCAUGUAAUUAUCCUUGUCCUGCUUGUCCACGUCGUUUUGCUUUCCAAUGUCGUCUUGCUGCACAUCUUCGAUGUCAUACUAAUAUUCGUCCAUUUAUUUGUAUUGAUUGUGGUCGUGCAUUCACACAAAGAGGUUAUUUAGUUCGUCAUGCAGCUGUUCAUAAAUUAGAUAGACCAUUUUCAUGUGGAUUAUGUGAUCGAUCCUAUAAACAUUAUGGUUCAUUAGUAAAUCAUCGACGAACUCAUAGUAAAAGUAGUGGUAAUGCAACAAAUCUUGGUAAUUUAAAUCUUUUAUCAAAUUUAGGAACAAUUACAUCAACUAAUAUUGGGACAUUAUCUAGUUUAGAAGAAGUAGUCAGUGGUGCAUUAGGUCAAUCACAUAAAACUGAUUCAACAUCAGAUACAAUGAAUAAUCAAUCGACUACAACCAUUACAUUAUUACCAGUUAGUAAAGUUGAAGAAAUUUUACCCGGUGAUCUUAAUAGUUCUAUUCAACAAGUAUGCUUAUCAUCAGGCAGUAAUAUAUUAACUGUUUCUGAGGGUCAAGAACAACAGCAACAUAAUUCAGAACAAGUAACAUCUCAUCAGCUUACUGCCACUGCAGUAUGGCCAAUUUUAGCCACAGGUGGUGGCGGUGGCAGUGUUGGUAUUAAUCAUGUUUCACAAGCUCAAUUAAUUCCUUCCUCUAUUGUACAGCAACAAUCAAGGCAAGCUAUGGUUUCUGGUUCACAUUUCUCUACUAUAACGAUCUCACCUACACAAUUAGCUCAACCUAAUCAACCGUCUUCAUCAUCAUCUCAACAACAACAACAACAAUUACCACUUGUAACUGCCCCACGACCACCUCACUUAAGUCAAUCAACCAGUACAACUAUGUUAUCAACUGCUAGUGUAAUAGCUGGUAAUGGUGGUACAUCUGCUCCUACAUUUGUAACUCUUCCUUUAUUCAAUGGUUCAAUACAAAAUAACUUAACAGAAUCUGAUAGAUCUAUUAUUAAUGGUCAGUUAACUCCUCAUUCACAUCAUCAAUUUCAUUGUCCAACAAGUACAUUGUCCGAUUCAUCACAACAACAACAACAUCAUAUUCAAAUUGCACAAACAACGGCAACAUUACAACAACAACAACAUAUUCAAGCAAAUAAUUCAACUACACGAGUAAGCGGUGUCGAUUCAAAUAAUAAUAAUAAUACAGCUCCAGUACUACAUGUACUACAACCAUCACCGAGCAUUUUCUUCUCACCGUACUAUCUACCACAUUCGGCAGCAUCUCAAAUGUAGACACAUACUCACACACUUGCAUACAUACAUGAAAGGAACAGUUGAACUUUGGUAGAAUUUAUUCUUGCUAAUACAAAACAUCUAUGUAUGCACUUAUAUAAAUGUAUUUAUAUGCAUGACUAUAUAUAUAUAGCUCAAAUAGUGAUGCAACACACUGGGUUACUACUAACUUCUUUUUUUUCUUCAUUUUUAUGUAUGAAAAAGACGUUCCAAUUGUAAUUUAUACUGAUAAUUAGGAUCAUGUUCUCUCUAUUGUCCUCUAUUUUUUUCCCAAUCAUUUUAUCCCUUGUUUACGUGUGCGUGUGUGUGUGUGUAUGGAUGUAAAUUUGUGCCAUAUACACGUGUACAACAAUUACACGCGUACAUUAAUUUAUCUGCUUAUAUUACAAUUAUUUAUUUAUUUAUUAUUUAAUAAUAAUAAUACUGCUACAAUUGUCUUAUUCCAUAAUGAUCGAUUCGAUUCUCAUCAUUAAAACUACUAAUUAUUAUCUCAUUAUUAUUAUUAUUGUCAGUAUUCGGUAUAAUUAUGAUUAUUAUCAAUUCAUAUGUGAUCUCUGUGUUGUUUUCUUCUCUCUCUCUCUCUCUCUCUCUCGUUUGUAUGUUUGUUUUACACCUACUUUCCGUUCCUUUCCUCUCUUUCUCUCUCUCUCUCUCUUACACACACAUAUAUAUUGCUGUUAGAUAUAAAAAGAUCAUCAUGUAGAGGAUUUCAAUCAAGUUGUCUUCUGUUUUGUUUUUUGUCCUCUCUAUUUUUAAAGUUGCUUAUUCACAUUGCAUUUCUUUUAACUCGUUGUCUUGUUCACCUAUUCUUAUUCUGUCUCUCCCUCUCUCUCUCUCUAUUUCUUUUCUUGUUUGUAUUCCUAACUGACUGACUGACUGAUUGAUUGAUUGACAAUAAUAAUGACACAUUCAUCAGAGAGAAUAAUUAAUAUAUAUCUAUCUAUCUUUAUCUUUUGUAUAUUUUCAAAGUAUAUUGUAUGAAUGACAUGAAUGUUUAAUUGUUUCCAUUCUUCUCCUUUCUCACUCACUCAUUUACUGGAUUUGGAUCCCUAUCAUUACUGCUGUCUCUUAUUGUAUUGUAUUGUAUUUCUCUAUUAUUUUUUUUAACAAAUCACUUAUUGUCUAUUGUAUUAUUAUUAUUAUUAUUAUUAU